AUGUUCAGGACACUUGCUACAAAGGUACCACUCCGCCGUUGUCUGCACACGUCAGCGCCGCGUUCAACGGCAGCCACACGUCCUAGCCGCACCGGUGCCGUCAUAGCAGGGUCGGCGGUCGUCGCGACAUAUCUCACUUGGAGAACAUUGCAAGGCGAUAAGAUCGCGCUGGACUCCGUCGCUUCUUCCUCAAAACAUGCCGCUCCAGGAGCCAAGGCUACGGAUGCACCCGACGCCGUGGCAGGUGCACGUCAGGCAGCAGCAGAGGAGGCAUCACUCGAAGAGUCCCUGACCGACCCGCACGACGUGCGCGAGCACGCGGAAGAGGAGUCCGAGAGUAGCGGCGGCGCGUACAACCCUGCUACGGGAGAGAUCAACUGGGACUGCCCUUGUCUCGGCGGAAUGGCGCACGGUCCCUGUGGUAUGCAGUUCCGCGAGGCCUUCUCGUGCUUUGUCUUCUCGGAGAAGGAGCCGAAGGGUAUCGACUGCGUGGAGAAGUUCAAGGCCAUGCAGGACUGCUUCAGGGAACAUCCGGAGCACUACGGUGAAGACAUUAUGAACGAUGAUGAUGACGAGGACGAUGUUGCUCCCCCCACUGGCGACUCUCCC